AUCAUAUUAAAGCAAACCUGAUGAGCUGUCAAAUUGCCUUUCACAUUGCAUGAAUGCAUGUCUAGUUUUAUAUAAGACUCAUAAUAUCACUUAUUCCACCUUUCAUUACCAAAAUGGAUAUUCAUAGUAAUCAUGGUGCAACUUCUGAAGGGAUUCUUGAGAAUGUGUGGGCCAAAAUUAUGAGCAGUGAUGGAGCAGAUGGAAGAAAAGGUGAUGCAGCAGAAUCUUCAAACUCUUGGGAAGAACUUCCUAACCUUGAUGGAAGAGAAGGGUCCAUGGAAAUUCUACAAAGGCUUCCAAGUUUAGGGAGGUGGAUAUCAAUGGGAGCUGAUUUCUGGGAAGAAGUUUUAGAUGGUAUUAUUCUACCUAACACAAGCAAUAGAGAAGAUUCUAGCCAUAACAACUUGGAAAUUGGAAGUGCUAAUGAAACUCGUAACAAGGUGGAAGAUGCUCUGAGAAUAGAGAAGGCAAUUACAAAACACUACAGGGGAGUUAGGAGAAGGCCAUGGGGUAAAUAUGCUGCGGAGAUUAGAGACUCAUCCAAGAAAGGUGCUAGAGUUUGGCUAGGAACAUUUGACACUGCUGAAGAAGCAGCUUUGGCUUAUGACAAGGCUGCUUUGAGGAUUAGAGGUCCAAAGGCAUACCUUAAUUUCCCACUUGAGAGGGGUGCAAAUGCUUUAGCAUGUGACCACAAAGGAACUAAUCAUCUUGCUUGCACAUGCAUAGGGAACAAAGAAAAAUUAAUCAACUCCAGGAAGAGAGCAUCAAUGGAAAGGGAAGCAUUUGAUGAUAUGGUGAAUGAACAACCUGCAACAAAAAAGUUGGAAUGCAUGGUAGAAAAUGAACUAGGUGCUUUUGUAUUUCAGGACCUAGGAAGUGAUUAUUUGGACAGUUUACUGUCUUCUUUUUGACAGAAUACUCACAAUUAAUUACAAUAGUUUAUUAGUCUUUAAGGUGGUCAUAUAUAGAAAUAUUGUAGCCAUUUUGUCACAUAUUUUGCAUAUUUUUUUGCUGUAUUUGUCAUCAAACUGCUAAGUUAAUGAUUUGGCAGGAAGAAAGAAUAUCUAAAAAGAUCAUGAUUCAUGUGUACAAUAGCAUUUCAGAAAACUGAGUUUUGUCA